CAAUUGUUUUGUAGAAUGAUGAGUUUUCUUCCAAUCUUGUUGAUUAGUUGUUUCUUUUGUGUUGGUAAAGCAACAGACUGUGGUGGAAAUCAUGUUACACAAACCAUCGUUGUUGGUAAAGUAGGGCACGCAGCAUUUAGAACAAUUCAAGGAGCCAUUGAUUCUGUCAAAACUAAAAACGAUCAAUGGGUGAAGAUUCAUAUAAAAGCAGGCUUAUACAUAGAAACUGUUGUUAUUCCCUUAGACAAGCCUUGCAUCAUUUUAGAAGGAGAAGGUAGCGCAAGAACAAUCAUCAGUCACUGGGAUCACCAAUCGAUAAACAAUAAUGCAACACUCUUUUCUUCACCACCCAAUGUGAUUGCAAGUGGCAUUGCUUUCAAGAACUCAUAUAACGUGGCCACUGAUAAACCUUACGAUUUGGGAAGCAGAAUCGAACCAGCAAAUGCGGUAAAUCUGUAUGGAGAUAAAUAUUUGUUCCAGGGUUGUAGUUUUAUAGGUUAUCAAGACACUCUUUAUGAUCAUUGGGGACGUCAUGUGUUUAAAGAUUGUUACAUUCAGGGUGAAGUGGACUUUAUAUUUGGUAACGGACAAUCUUAUUAUCAGAAUUGUUCGAUCAAUGCUGUGGGGAGAGCUCGAAAAUCAGGAGGAUUUGUGACGGCUCAGGGAAGAAAUUCCCCAGAUGAUCCAAGUGGUUUUGUAUUCGAAGGAGGUUCCAUUAAUGGGAAUGGUAAAGUGAAUUUAGGAAGAGCAUGGAGACCCUAUGCAAGAGUCAUAUUUCGUAAUACAUAUUUUUCUGACAUUAUAACUCCUCAAGGAUGGGUUGCUUGGGGAGCUGCUAGUAAUCCGAACACGACCACUUUCGCUGAAGUUGAUUGUAAGGGACCAGGAGCUAACACUUGGAAGCGUGUUCCGUGGAUGAAGAAACUAAGUUCUUCAGAGUUGAAUCAAUUUUCUUUUGCAUCUUUUAUCAAUAGAGAUGGAUGGGUUGACAACUUACCAACAAUAUCUUAAUUUAUUUUAAGGUGCUUCUAUGACUGUACUUGGUGGAGUGAUCGUUAAUCUUUGUAUACUCAACGAAGAAACGUAGUACUUUGCAAUAUGAACCAUCUUGUAUACUUUUGA